AUAACAACUCGGUACGCCAUGAAAUAAUGACGAUAUCCCAGGCUUUCAGAAGUAGAGCAUAAUUACGUUGACUCCCCAAAGAAUCGAAACACGCCUCGUCCGAAUCCGUAGAAUGCCUUACUGAUUUACAAGCAAUCACCUCCCAUUACGAGGGGUAGUGAAUUCAUUACGUCGUGUUGUGGUCUUUUCAAUCUCUCGACCUAUUUUCCAUGUACUGCAGUUAUGUACGUAUUUACAUUUUCGGUGUAAACACGGGGAAUUAAUACAUUACUCAAAGUGAUAAAACACCGGAAAGUUGUCCUAUGGCUAUGAUGGCGGACUACUGUCGUUAAGUUGCGUAUGGCCCUUCUUUGUAAAUCCGUGAAUACUAUUCUGCCAGCCCUCGCAGAAGGAGAACUAUCCCUGUUGUCGUCAAAGAGUCCGGGAGGAGUGACCCAGUAAAUUAUUUCGUCUACUACUAUAGCUAAGUUCGUUCUUGAUUUAAUUUGAAAGGUAGCCACGCCUUCAGAUCCAAAUCUACCAGGAUGCGGAUUUCGGAAGAAAAUGGUAGGAUCUAUCACAUGCAAUGAUGCUGUUCAACAAGGAGGAACUAUCUAUUUUGAAGAGCAAGUAGGUGUAUUGACAUGCAGACAACAUGCCGAGAAAGAGGGGUAAACAAGUUUCUUUUAUGACAUCCGAGAGUUAUUUUGGAUAUGAACAGGUGUCGUCAUCUGCAACGGACCUAUCAGAGUCGAGUUUGAAAACUUCCAGCCAAUCAGAGGCUGAUUUACUUCAUAAUAUGGAAAACAAUGGACAGAGCCUUGAAAUAGACAAGCGCGGGUUGGAAACGCUGGAAAAUGACAGAAUUCUAAAGGAUUUUUUACUGCGAAAAGGUGAAAUUAGAGGGCGACUUGAUGAAGAGGAUACAAACCCCGAUGAUGUCGACAACGAGCAUCUUGAUGACGACAGUUGUGGAAAAUAUAAAAUAACAAAGUCGGAUAUGAUCACUUUCCUCUGUCUUGUCGUGUCAACAUUUAUAAGCUGGCUGGCUUUUUCGAUAAUGGCACCAUUCUUCCCAAACGAAGCUCAUCGUAGAGGAUUGAAGGAUAUAGAAGUUGCGGUCAUCUUUAGUCUACAGGCUCUCACGUCUACCAUCAUAUCUCCAAUAGUUGGCAAAUUUUUACCAAUGAUUGGUGCAAAAGUGACCCUUGUGUCCGGUCUAUUCCUCGAAGCUGCAGGGAAUGUAUUAUUCGGGUAUUGCGUCAAACUUCAUUCUACGACAGCUUUCAUCGCAUUCGCAUACAUCACUCGUAUUAUGGUAGGCCUCGGUGUGGGGACAUCGGUUACGGCUACUAUGACCAUAAACGCAAAUACAUUCCCCAAUCAUAUCGCCCGAACAGUAGGUUUGCUGGAGACUACAGCAGGUCUCGGUCUCUUACUGGGACCUCUCUUUGGUGGACUCCUUUAUCAGAUUGGAAAAUCGAGUUACCUUUUGCCUUUUGUGGUAAUCGGUGGUUUGGACAUGGGUUCCAUGCUCUUUUCACUUUACUUCCUUCCAUCACAAAAAUGUAAAGCUGAAGAGUCCGGUUCUGUAUCCGAACUGCUCCGGAUCCCGUGGGUGUGGCCGAUAGCGAUGGCAGCUUUCUUGGGCAGUGCAACACUCGGUUUCUUAGAACCGACUUUCUCGGUCCAUGCAACCAACUUUACCGACAACGCUUUCUACAUCGGUUUGCUAUUCAUGCUUGUCAGUGGUUCCUACGCCGGAAGUUCUCCAUUGUGGGGUUGGAUUGGGGACACUUUUGCCAUGACACGAGUCUGUUUAAUAGUAGGUCUUCUCUUGGACAGCUUCGCAUUUCUUCUUAUUGGGCCCUCACCUCUAUUGCAUCUUCCAAGUCGCUUGUGGAUCAUCUGCAUCGGUUUGAUGUUGUAUGGCAUCGGUGAUGGCGCUGUUAUAGUUUCUUCAAUUGGUGACAUGUUUAGUUUAGCUGUACAAUAUGAUUUACCAGAGGAUAUCCGAACCUACAGCGUAGUAUCGGGAGUAUUCAACUGUGCCUAUUCGUUAGGGACAGUCUUCGGGCCCUGGGUAGCAGGGGGCUUACUGUAUCAAGAGUAUGGUUUUAAUAACACGUCACAGAUAAUGUCUCUUGUACUUCUAGCCAUGGCCUUCGUCGUCAGUGUAUCAUCGGUAGCUGAACACCAUUGGAGAAAAAGACAAAAGAGAUUGGGGAAGAACGUGAAGGAUUCAUAUAACAUCCAGACGGACAAUGCGAUCCCCGAGACAGUGCCCCUCUUCCAACAACCAAAGGGUAAAAAAACACCCCCAGAAAGCUGACGAUAGGGGAUCCAAACAGAAGGAAUACCACACCCACCGACCAUCACAUAAAUCUUUUUGAGUUUGUGUUCAAUGCAGGGAAGCAAUCGAUCUAGCUUUGAGAGCAUUAUCAUUAUAAAUGCAAUUAUCUUUGUGCGCAUCGGAAUAUAAUACUUCUAGAUAUAUGGCGCUAUAUAAAUGACUGUUAUUAUUAUUAUCUUCAUGCCGCUUUUUUUUCUUUGCCUGGUAAUACUUUAACUCGGAGUGUAAUCUCGUGUAUUCUGAUAAAGUGCCGCUGGUACUUUUUUUAUAUGUGACGGAUAACCACAUUCUUAUGGCAGUGGCGUAAUGAGCCACAAAUAUUAUUGUGAGGGCUAAAUAUGGCAUAUCGCGUAAAAUUUAUUUUAAAAAAGUUGCGAGCGAGCAAAAAUUUCAACAUUUAUGUUACAAAAAACAAAUUUUGUGAUAGAUUUUGUCAUAAUUUUCAGAAAAUAAUAUCAUGUUUCACCCUUCUCUCUUUCCCGUUCUCUUUUUUUUUUCUUGGUGGAGAUUUGUACGCCACUGUCUUAUAGGAUUAUUUGUAUUCUGUUCGGCGAGGAUUAGAAGACAAAAAAUUUCCCAUGAUUGAUGAUCGAUAUUGGUCUUAGGUUGACUCAAAAAGAAGAGGGAGAAGAAGGUUCCAAGUCAUACAAUCAUGUAGAUUAGAGUGACUUAAAUUAUCUAUUCUCAUAGGUGGCUUCUAGACUUGAAAAGCAUCUGGGAAGGACUUUGCUCCGACCAUGGAGUUAUUAACACAGAUGCUCCGAUCCUUCCAAAGAUACAAUGUAUAAUAUUACAUGAAAAUUAGCUAACAAGCUUGCAGAGUGGUGCAAAAUGUCUGCGUGAUUAUUGUGCAUCGAAUAUGCACACGACUGAUCUAACAUGGCUGAUGCCUUUGCAGUAUACUAUAGUAUUCAGUUCAAUUGCUAAAAUUAUGGGCAUGAUCUUUAUUGUAUUUAUUGUAUUCAUUCAAUUUAACACAUUCAAACCAAAGUAUAAUAUAAAGUGUAAUAAGUUGAUUUUUAUUGCGAUUUUACUUAUCAUUACCUUGAAUUUGUAUCGCGCAUGAUGUAAUUAUUUGAUUGUGAGCGAUAAUGAAAAUAAAACUAAGUGGAAAAAGAUAUGUAAGAAUUCGGUUAAAGAUUUGUUCAUUGUUUUCUCAUGAGUGUUACAAAAGAAAAGUUUGUGACGUUCAAUUCUAAUCUAUCAAUCACAGUCGAUCACGUGUGUAACCAACCAAUCAAAAUCAGUCAGUCAAUCGAUCACGAUCAAUCCAUCAAUCAAUCAAUCAAUCGAUAAUAAUCAAUUUCAAUCAAGAACACUCAAUAUCAAUUACAAUUAACCAACCUAUUAAUUGAUUGAUUAAUGGAUUGAUUGGACAAUCAAUCCAUCAGUCAGUCAAUCGAUCAUAAUCAAGCAUUACAAAUUAAUCACAAUCAAUUUUUUUUAUUAUUAGUCAAUCAAUCGAUCGAUCUCAAUCAAUUAAUCAAUCGAUUAAUAGAUCAAGUGAUUUAGUGUUAUGUAUUUGGAAAAUCUCGUUGUUAUGUUGUGAAUGUUUGACACUAGAAAAAGAUUUGAGUACGUUGAGUUUAUUAGGUUUUAUUGGAGCACUCAAGAAAAAAGAGAAAAUGUAAACUGUUAAAUAUAUGAGUUCUCAUUGUAUCUAUAUAUUACUUUGUAAAGAGAUAUUUUUGAUGUAUGUGUUUUAUUUUGUUUAUGAAUUGAAGUUGUUGACAAAUAAAAACUUCUUAAUACAAAAAAGAGAUACAUAAUCAAUAUCAACCAGGCGCACUCAGUUUAAAUCAAUCACAAUCAAUCACAAUCGAUCAGUUACAAUCAAUCAAUCACAAUCAAUCAAUCAAUC